GGUUUCAAACAUACCAGUACACUCGAGCGAUGCCCCAGACCACGCCGCCACCCACCGCAGCCGAGACGACGCCGACCACGCCGAUAGACGCGUUCCCGGAGGCCACGCCGAGCCGGAAGCGCAAGGCGCUGGACGAGGCAGCCGGGCAGAAGGCCGUCAAAGCCGUCAAGCCCGAGGCUACGAGCGUCGUCGAGCAAGCCAAGGCCUUGGCCACGCGUGCUUGGACGUGGGCGCCGUCGCUUCGCGCGUGGCAGCGUACCGCGACGACGGACGCCGACGAGACAGCGGGCCCGACCAUGCCCGAGGCUGCGUCGUUCGAGUCGAUGCUGUCCGACAUUGGUGUCGGCUGCAACCUCGACGAUCCCAUUCAUUGCGGCGCGACGACGGUCGUGUACUACGGCGAGUGCAACUCGAGCGGCGACGCGGUCGCGAUCAAGGCAUUGAAGGACAUGUCCAGCGGUGGCAAUGCGAAGGUCGAGGCGAGCUUCAUGCGGGAAGCGACGCUGCACGCGGAGCUCAAGCAUCCCAACGUCCUCUGGCUCCAUCAUUUCGCUGCGUCGUGGCCCCCGGCGAUGGUCCUGGAGCUUGGCGACGGCACGCUUCUGGAAUAUGCCCUACACGACGGCCUCCAGCGCGAGCCCGUGGUCGCGCGCUUUGUCAAGGAGCUCGCGCAAGGCCUCGCUUACCUUCACGGACGUGGCAUCUGCCACGCGGCCCUCGAUUUGGAGAACAUUCUCAUGGGCACCGACGGGCACCUGCGCAUCGCCGACUUCGGCGCCGCGUUCCACGAAACAAGCACUCGUGUGCCCCAACCCGCGCCAGCAACGUACCCCUACUGGGCCCCCGAGCAGUUCAAGCCCAAGCCGUGGGGCAAGACGGUGGAUAUCUGGGCACUCGGGGUGAUCACGUACGAGCUCCUCAUGGGCGACCACCCGUACACCUUUACGCCCUUGGACGAAGGCCACCGUCCCCGCGCCGACUUUGAGCGCGCAAUGCAGACGAUUCGGUCCAUGAUCGAGGUCAAAGUCAACACGUGCCCCGUGCCAGAAGACGUCAAGGACCUUCUCCGGGGUAUGCUUGAGCCGCAGCCCGAGGAGCGCAUUUGCCUCGAGGACAUCCUCACCCACAAGUGGGUGCGUCGCCACACCGACUAGCAUAUAUGUCUCGCAGCGUAUUACUUUAUUCCUAACACUAGCUUGAGUAGAUCUUAAUGACGUGGCAGCCGGACGCUUACUCACAGCGUUGCCUUCGUCGACCGGA